AGUGCAUUCGGGGAGUGUUCCAGACCGUGUUGGUGCUAAUUAUCGCCUACUGCCCUUUCCUCCUCUUCGCCUCAAUAGACGAACCCCAUGACAUCACGGGUAGCUCAUACGUAGCUCAGCUUCAACUCGGGCUUAGCUCCCCUUUUUCCGCACCUCACCAUGGGAGACACAGACUGGGACGGGAGUAGGUAAGCUAAGGGAGGUACGCGAGCGAGGGGUAGCUCCUUCCGGGUUUCCUCUUGUCUUUCAUAUUUGAGCUGUCUGGCUGCACCUUUACUCCUUCUACUUCCCUUUCUACCUAUUCAUCAUAACAUCAACAACACCUCGAAAGCUUCAAACAAAUCAAACGACGACUCGUCUCCAUCACUAAUAACCCUUUCAUAAACCACCAAACACACAAAUCACAAUGUCUUUCCUCAUCGAAGCCACCGGCCGCCGUCUGGCCACCAUCCCCCGCGUCAUCCCCAGAGCCGCCGUCGCUGCCCCCAGAACAUUCACCACCUCCUUUGCCGCGCAAAAGUCCGCGACAGAGACCGUCAAGGACGGUCUGAAGACUGUCGACCGCAAGGUCAGCGACAAGCUCGUUGAUGGUAUCAACGCUGGUGCCAACGUCGCCGAAAAGGUCAAGCAAAACGUCCCCAACACCCAGGGCGAGGCCCAGGGUAAGGCACAGGAACUCAAGGGUGAGGCUGCCGGCAAGGCGCAGGAGCUCAAGGGCGAGGCCAAGGGCAAGGCCAACGAGCUUGCUGGCAAGGCCAAGGGUACCGCCGACCAGGUUAAGAAGAACCUGUAGAUGGAUCUCUUUUGCAAAACCAAAAGUUCCGCGACGGGAGAUGUAUGACGACGAUUUCUAAGCAUGCGUUAUGAAAGGCCGCUGGACUGGAAAUGUCCUACGCGCAACCUACUUGUACAAUACUACCACAUAGCAUGGAAAGGGGUUCGAGGGCGACUCCAUGGGGCGUUUUAGCAAGAUCAAAUCAAUAUUGCGAUUGAUCACAAGAUAUUUCGAAAUAAUUCGUUGACCAUUGUGACUUCCAAUUGCCAUCUACUCAUAUUGUGACCACUAGCUAGUCCACCGAUCACAGCAACCUUAUGACAUGUUGCACUUAACGAAUCAUUGAGCAUCCUUAUAUUUGCCGAAUACUUCGGCGUUCACCAUCUGUUCCAAC